AUGGCUCCGGGCGAGGCACAGCCAGCUGCUGCGUCCGCCACGCCGUCCGCUGGCCGCGACUACAAGGGCUUCGUUGCCGGCGUGUUUAGCGGCAUUGCCAAGCUGACAGUGGGCCACCCCUUUGACACGGUCAAGGUCCGGCUGCAAACCACCACCAAGGGCCGCUUCCGCGGACCCCUCGAGUGCGUCACGCAGACCCUGCGGCAUGAAGGCGUCCGCGGCCUGUACAAGGGCGCGACCCCGCCCCUCGUGGGGUGGAUGCUCAUGGACUCCAUCAUGCUGGGCUCGCUCAGCGUCUACCGCCGCCUGCUGGCCGAGCACGUCUUCCACGCGGCGUCGUGGGCCCCCGGCGGCGGCGGCGACGACGGCGACGGCCCUUCCGGCCUGGGCGUCGAGGCCGAGGCCCUGCUCCCCGGGCGGGCGUCGUCGUCGCAUCCGCCGCCGCCGCCGCCGUCGCACCUCCCCCCCCUGGGCCACGGGCUGGCGGGCGUCCUCGCCGGCGCGACGGUGAGCCUCGUCGCCGCGCCGGUCGAGCACGUCAAGGCCCGCCUGCAGAUCCAGUACGCCGCCGACAAGGCGCGGCGCCUGUACGCCGGCCCGCUGGACUGCCUGCGCCGCAUCCACGCCCGCCACGGGCUGCGCGGCGUCUACCACGGGCUCGGGGCCACCGUCCUCUUCCGCGGCUUCUUCUUCUUCUGGUGGGCCAGCUACGACGUGCUGUCGAGGUGGCUGCGCCGCCGGACCGGCAUGAGCGCCCCGGCCGUCAACUUCUGGGCCGGCGGCCUGAGCGCCCAGGUCUUCUGGCUGACCAGCUACCCCUGCGACGUGGUCAAGCAGCGCGUCAUGACGGAUCCGCUGGGCGGCGGGCUGGGCGACGGGGAGCGCAGGUUCCCCCGCUGGAGGGACGCGGCCGCCGCGGUGUGGAGGGAGGCCGGCUGGAGGGGGUACUGGCGGGGGUUCUUGCCGUGCUUCCUGAGGGCCUUUCCGGCGAAUGCUACGGCUCUGCUGGUGUUUGAGGGCGUCGUGAGGGCGUUGCCAUAG